GCGUCCGGCCCCACCAUGCUGACCGCGCUCGCCCCGCCAGCCCUGCCUGGGAUCCCGAGACAGCUGCCCGCGGCCCCCGCACGGCGCCAGGACUCCUCCGGUUCGUCAGGCUCCUACCACACGGCUCCGGGUUCUCCGGAGCCCCCGGACGUUGGGCCGGACGCGGAAGGCCCGGCGAAUUGGCCCUGGGUGGCCCUUGGGCGGGGGGCGGGCGCGCAGCCUCGCCUGUCCGUCAGCGCCCAGAAUAGCCGCCAGUGCCACAGGCCCGGCUCGGGUUUCCCUCGAGGCCCGGGCUCCGGCCCACGGCCACCCCAGCCCCAGCUGCGCACUCUGCCGUCGGGGGAGAUGGAAGUCAUCUUCGGCGUCGGACCUCUGUUCGGCUGCUCUGGCGCAGAGGAUAGCGAGGCGCAACAACUCACGGAGCCGGCCUUCAGCAGCCCCUUGCCACCGGGGCCAGCGUCUCCCGCCCCGGUCCCUCGCCAGUCCCAGGCCCCCGACGGUAGCUCCCGCUGGGCCACCUACCUAGAGCUGCGGCCCCACGGGCCAAGUCCUGCCGCCCCAGCGCAGUUCGAGUGUGUGGAGGUGGCUGUGGAGGAGAGCGCCGGGCUCGUCAGGCCCCGGACGGUGCCCAAGCGUCAGAUCGAGCUGCGCCCCCGGCCCCAGAGUCCCCUACGGGCGGCUGGCACGCCUCGUCCCCGGCUGCUCCUGCGCACCGGCUCCCUGGACGAGUCGCUGAGCUGCCUGCAGGCCGCCGCGGGCUUCGUGCAAACAGCGUUGGCCAGAAAACUGAGCCCGGAGGCCCCGGCCCUGAGCAGCAACACCUUCCGGCCCACGGGGCCGUCCGAUCCUGCGACCCGGGAAACGGCGCGCAGCAGCCGCGUGGUCCUGGAAAAGGCUAAGUCUCGGCCACUUCGCGUACAAGAUAAUUUGGCCUCCGCCAAAGCCCCGAGGCCGUGGCCCAGCCUCCGCGAGCGCGCAAUCCGGCGCGACAAGCCUGCUCCCGGGACCGAGCCUCUGGGUCCUGUUAGCUCCAGCAUCUUCCUUCAGUCAGAGGAGAAGAUCCAGGAGGCACGGAAGACUCGGGUCCCGAGAGAAACGCCGGAUCGAACUGUCCAGAAGGCACGGAGUCCGCCUGUUGAGUGUAGGGUCCCCUCCGAGUUUCCAAGCAGGGCUGUGAGGCCAAGGAGCCCGUCCCCGCCAUGGCAGGCUCCAAAUGGGGUUGUACGGGGUCCUCGCUGCCCGUCCCCCCGGAACCUGUCCCCGUGGGAUCGGACUACUCAGAGAGUGAGUAGCCCAUCGUUCCCUGAAGCCUCCACCGCAUGGGAAAAUCAGAAUCCCGCCGUCGAGGAAACUGUCAGCAGAAGCCCUUCCCCUCCGACCCUUUCCCAGUGGAAUCAGUGUGUUGCAGGAGAAAGGGGUCCAUCCCUCGAAGCCCCUUCCCGGUGGGAGAUUCCACAUUCGGCAGCUGGGGAUGCGGUGGAGCCACGUAGCAGCCCGUCCCCGCGGGCCUUCUUGCCGUGGGAGGCGCCAGAUCGUCCUAUUGAAACUUGGAGCCCAUCGCCCCAAGAGACGUGGGAUCCGAUGGAUAUCCGAUCGAUAGUAUUUAGUCAGGAAGCUCAGAAUGGGUUAACUCAGGAGGAGUUGGCACCACCUACACCGUCAGCACUGGGGACUCCAGAACCAACAGAGGUGCAGAGUCCAUCCACGCGGGAGAUUCCUGAUCUUGCCUUUGGAGGCAGACAGCCUUCCCCAGAGGUGGCAGCACCUGAGCCGCCCGGCAGUCACCUUGUGGGCACCCUGGACUCCGAUAAGUGCCCAGAAGUCUUGGGUCCUGGGGAAGCGGCCUCGGGACGCCCGCGCGUGGCCAUUCCGCGGCCUCGAGACGUGCGCAAGUUGGUGAAGACCACGUAGGCGCCAAGCUUCCCGGCGGGAACCCCAGGCUCGGGGCUGCCUGCGCCUCCUGCAGACACCUGCGGGGAGGAGGGCGGCGAAUCCAAGACCCAAGAGCUGCCGGCGCUGGGGCCCCCAGCCCCGGCUCACUACACUUCGGUUUUCAUCAAGGACUUUCUACCGGUCGUGCCGCACCCCUACGAGCCUCCAGACCCGUCCUUCGACACGGUCCCCCGCGACGCUUCCCAGCCCAACGGGGUCCUGCGGCGGAGGGCAGAGAACAGCACCGCGAAGCCCUUCAAGCGCACAGAGAUCCGCCUGCCUGGGGCCCUGGCCUUGGGUCGCCGGCCCGAGGUAACCCCGGGAGUGCGAGCGCGCGGCCCAGGCGGCGAGAACAGGGAAGCAGAGGCCCAGCGCCUCGUUCCCGACGGCGAAGGUCGGACGAGCCCCCUAGGCGGCGACCGCUGCUCAUCCCAGCGCUCCCCCGUAGGGCCAGCAGGGGCCCCAUCGCCCUGCCCCAGCUCCCCUCAGGUGCACCCCAGCCCGAGCCCUGGGAUAGCACCCAAACCGAAGACACCACCUAAGGCCCCCGAGCCCGCGGCUCCGGUCCAGGCGCCACUCCCGCGGGAGCACCUGGCGACAGCUGGCAGGAUGGCCCCCGCCCAGCCUCGCGCUGCCUCGGCACCUCCCACGGACCGGUCCCCGCAAAGCCCCUCCCAGGGAGCGCGCAGGCCGCCCGGGGCCGCGCCCCCAGGGAAGAUCUUGGUGGACCCCGAGAGCGGCCGCUACUACUUUGUGGAGGCGCCGCGGCAGCCUCGGCUAAGGGUGCUCUUCGACCCCGAGAGUGGGCAGUAUGUGGAGGUGCUGCUGCCGCCUUCAUCUCCCGGGCUGCCCCACCGCGUCUACACCCCUCUGGCCCUGGGGCUGGGCGGCCUCUACCCGCCUGCCUAUGGGCCUAUCCCCAGCCUCUCCCUGCCACCGUCCCCGGGCCCGCAGGCCCUCGGCAGCCCCCAGCUACCGUGGGCCUCUGAGGCAGGGCCCCUGGACGGGACCUACUACCUGCCGGUGAGCGGGACCCCCAACCCUGCUCCUCCUCUGCUCCUCUGUGCGCCGCCCUCCAGCUCGCAUCCUACUCAGCCCGGCAAGGCUCCUUGUUCCCGCUGUGAGGCCCCAGCCCGAUACCCAUGGAGUUGGAACCCUUAGAUGGCCUGGGAGGUUCUGGAAUUCAAGCCCCUACCCUCCUCUCCUUCCAUCACCUGUCACUCUGUCUUUAACCCAUCCCAGCCGGUCGUCUGACCGGAAGCGAUCUUCAGAGAAGGAAUCUGAGCCCCGAGGCUAGUGGAGCUGGAGCUCACCCAGGAAGCGGUUGCCUACUUCCUUCCCCAACAAAAUUAUGUAUCCCUUUCCCAGGUAUUCCCAGGGUGUGGUGUGGUGUGGUGUGUGGGUGUGUAUAUGUGUAUGUGCAGGCAGGCAAAUAGGGAAAGUGAGGCAUCGCUGGCGCUUGUCCCCAGGAGCCAAUCAGAGGAAGUGCUGUGGCUUCCCCGGGGCAGCAGGAACGGGAGCAGCAGGAGACAGGGAAGGGAACUGUCUGGCCUCCCUGGUGGCGGGCCCAGCUGAGGUGGGGCCGGCCAGUGCCCCUGGUGAGGCAGUGGUAAGGACUCUGGCUGUCAAAUCUGCUCUUAGGAAGAGGAGCUGAGCUUUGGCCCUGGAUGCUACCCGGGUGAAAGUGGCCAGUGCAGCCCCUGGUCCAGGCUGGCUCUGAGAAAGGGAGCUAAGGUGGUGGCAAUAGGUGGAGGUGAAGCAAGGAAGUAAUACAGGGAGGGCCUGGGGGAGGGGUGAGCCUGGAACUUGGGGUGGGAAGAUGGGGAGCUUG